AUGACGACGUCCUCGAGUACUGUCUUUGAGCCGCCACCGCGCACGCUCGGUGCGGGGCAAAUGGUGGUUUCGCCGAGUCGCCAGCUCGCAUUGUCGACCAUGGAUGAACAGCAGCAGCAGCAGAACUUGGAGCUCGCUGCUAUAGGUGGGGCCUAUAUUAACCAUUACGACGGAGCCGGAGAAGUAGGACCACAACAGAAGAAACCUUCUGUGGUUAUGCAGGUCGGGCAGAGUGCAGCAGUAGCAGCGUCGAGCUCCUCGUCCAGAGCUGCGCAACAUCAAGGUGAUUUCGCGGUGCAGCGUAUCACAGACGGGCAAACCAGAAUGAUGCGGGUAAGUGGUACAACCACGCCCAGCAGCUCGUCGUCCGCUAUUGGGAGGAAAAAUCCCUCCUCCCCGUAUCGAAACUAAGUUUCUGAUGCUGAAUUUGCGUACACAAAUCAGAUUUGUCUUGCAGAAAGUGCUUGGCGGAAUUUUCUGAGCCUGUUUGGGUCCGCAGAAGGCUAGCAAUCCCGCUUGGCAAACAGGUUUGCAGUAGCCGAAAGCGCAUGACAGACUUACUCUGGAAGGCGUUAAAUGGCUCGUCCUAUGACGCUAUAUGCAAGACAAAGAUGAUUUGUGACCACAAAUCUGCAUCACAAAUCUCCGUUUUGAUAUGGGGAGGGGGGAUGUUUCAUUUUGAUAUUUGCAGUACCGUCUUCACGGGAAGCGGUUUUUUCGGAUCACGGACAACAUCAGGUAUACGUUCUUGAUAUCCCGUGCAAAAGUAUCGUACUCGUAUAAAUGCAAGUCUUGCAUUACAAAUCUUGCUUUUCAGGUAAAUCCGCAUUACAAAUUUUAUUUCUCAUGCUGAGGAAAUUUGUAAUGCCUACUUUAUACGAGUACGGUACUGCAUACUGGAAAAUUUUUGAUGCGAUUCUUGUGGUGACACAACAGGUUUUCAUUUUUGCUAGAACAAGAUGAAGCCGACUCACCGCCACCAUGAACAAAUGAAAAACAUUUUAAGUACAUAUGCGAUACCACAUCCAACGAAAUCGAAAUGUAACUGAAUAAAGAACUAAGAAAUAAUCACAAGCUUCCGAUGUUGAACGCGGCAGCUUCGAGCAAGUACGCAGUGGGGGCGCAAGAUCGAGCGGCAACCGCAGAUAAUCUUCCGCCUCCGUACAACUUCCAACCGGGGUCCAGAAUGGUCCAAGAAAGCAGCGCCACCACGACCACUCUCCCCGGCGGUGCUGGUGCGACCAGUCCUGCGUCGUCCGGGACCGCGGCGCAAGAGCAGCGGCAAAUCUGGAUCGAGCACGCCCGCGUGGUGGCGGCGGGCACCAUUGUGUACUGUGGUUUCUUCGCGUUACUCUCGCUCAUCGUUGGGAUUUCGGACGACAGCGUGGCGCUGAUCGGGUUGGCAGUGGAGUUCUCCCUGGACGCGAUCACCAGUUUUUUGGUGCUCUGGCGGUUCAAGCGGGGCAAGCAGCGGAAUUUCACGUCGCAGUACGCCGAGGCCGAUUUCCAGGCGCAGCGCGACCGUUUACGGGAAAAAAAUUCCGGGAUCGGCAUUGGCAUCGUGUUUCUAACCUCCGUAUGAACUGCAAAAAUGUCUGGGUCUGGAAGAAUCCGAACUUGUGAUCCGCAUCUCAGAACACAGAAAAACCUGUCAUGCGUAGGUAGCAAAACCUGCUCGCUUUCUGUCACCAAAAUGGGGGAUUUGUCAUGCGGAUUCGGCAUUGCGGAAGCUUCUCGAAAACUGUGAUGCUAGAGCUUCCAUUCCAGACCUUCUGUGUCAUGCAAAAUCAGCAUGAGUCUUCCAGACCCAGACACUUUUGCAGUUGAUACUCCGCCCUGUUCCUGUUCUGCAUGGCGAUCUGGAAACUGGCCAGCUGGGACAACCGCGGCACGCACGGGGACGCAAACCGGUCCACUUCGUUUUAUGCAUAAUUGCAAAUAUGUCUGGGUCUGGAAGACCACCGAUUUCUCAUGCUAGUCUGGCAUGACAGGGAGCUCUGUAUUGCGCGACCGCGAACGCCUUGUCUUGUUUGUCAUGAGAAAAUGCUGUUUCUCAUGCGGAAUACGCAACACAGAAUCACGAAAGAGUCUGUGAUGCUUGGCGUUGCAUUACAGUGUACUAUACUAUUCGCUGACAUGCAUCACAAGUUUCCAGACCCACACAUAUUUGCACUUAAAACGUUUUACUCGGAGGCCAUCGCUUGGCCGUGUGCGAUCGUGUUCAGCGUCUUAGCCGCGGUCAAAAGGCAGCUGGCGCUGGAUUUGGGCAGCAGCGUACUGUAUGAAGGUACCGCUUACAUUCAUAGGAAUUUUCAUGUCAUGCUAGGAAUUCAUCUUUGCAUCUUGAUUUGAUUCGCAUGUUGACCACCUCGUCGGUCCCGCUCGCUGUCUCACAUGGUUGGGUCCUCCAUAACUGCUACGCGUGCGUAUUGGCUGCUUGCUUUAACUACACAGAAUAAACCACUACUACAGACGCCUUGAGCAGUUUCCUCGGCGCCGUACUGUCCGGGGUCGUGAUAGUCGCCGGGUUCCUGGAGCGCCUCCACGUGCCGGGCGCCUGGCGCGCGGACGCCAUCGCGGGUUUCUUCAUUGCCGCGGCCCUGGGCUACGAGGGACAAAGGGCACUGCGCGCGAACUUGGACGGGAGUGGCGAUGAACAGCACCAAAUGAUGCAGGAGCUACCUUAAAGAUGGAAGGAGAAGUCAUGCGCAGGAACGACUCUAAGUUCAACACUGUAUCAUGGUAUCAACCGUGACUCCACGCACCUCCUUCUCGGUUCUGAAUAUGCGGAAGAACAACUUUCUUCGAACGCUCAAUCGAUGACUGCGGGUAAAGCUAAAUGCGCACGACUUUUAU